AUGGAAACUGAAAAUGCAACAUUGCUGACAGAGUUUGUUCUCACAGGACUUACUUAUCAACUAGAGUGGCAAAUCCCCCUGUUCCUGGUAUUCCUGGUUGUAUAUUUCAUCACUAUUGUGGGGAAUCUUCUUCUGAUUGCACUCAUCUGCAAUGACCCUCACCUUCAUAUUCCUAUGUACUUAUUCCUUGGGAGUUUGGCUUUUGUGGAUAUUGGGUUAUCAUCCACAGUGGCCCCCAAGAUGCUAGUCAGCUUCCUAGCCAAGAGUAAGAUCUCUCUCUCUGAAUGUAUGAUACAAUUGUUUUCCUUUGUAUUCAGUGCAACCACAGAGUGUUUUCUUUUGGCAGCAAUGGCAUAUGAUCGCUACGUGGCCAUAUGCAAACCUUUACUUUAUCCAGGGAUUAUGACCAAUAGACUAUGCAUCCGACUGUUAGUCUCAUCAUUUGUUGGUGGCCUUAUUCAUUCCACAAUUCAUAUAGGUGUUUUAUUCAGGUUAACCUUCUGUAAUUCUAACAUAAUACAUCACUUUUACUGUGACAUCAUGCCAUUGUUUAAGAUUUCCUGUACUGACCCUUCAAUUAAUGUUCUGAUGGUAUUUAUUUUCUCUGGGUCAAUACAGGUGUUCACCAUUCUAACUGUUCUUGUCUCUUAUACACUUGUUCUCUUUACAAUCUUAAAAAGGAAGUCUGUACAAGGCAUCAGGAAAGCCUUCUCCACCUGUGGUGCCCAUCUAUUAUCUGUCUCUUUAUACUAUGGCCCUCUUCUCUUCGUGUAUGUGCACCCUGAAUCCGCACUGGGAGACGACCAAGAUAUGAUGGACUCGCUAUUUUACACUGUCAUCAUUCCUUUGUUAAAUCCAGUUAUCUACAGCCUGAGAAAUGAAAAAGUAAUAAAUUCACUGGCAUAA